GCGGGUGUUUGUGCUGGAGGGGGCGGGCGAGAUCUCAGCAGAUCUCAGAGCUCGAGCGGCUCCUCUUUCUCGUGUCUGCCGGUGUUUUGUGUGUGUUUGUGUCUCGGCAGAUUCUCUAUCUUUCGGAUAUGAGGGAUCGUGUGUGCUUCUUUUAAUCGCGUUUGUCUGGAUGAACUAAUGGAGUGACCGCAGAAGCGCGGCUCUGCGCGGAUCAUCGGAGCCCGUUAUCCCGGACAGAGACCCGCUUUGUUCGGCCAAUAAUAAACGAAUCGCGUCUACUAUCGAAAUGAACGACACGGAGAAAGAGAAUAAAUCUGAUGAAGACUCAGAGUCUCUGGAGGAAGAGGAGGUUGACCCGAGGAUUCAGGGUGAACUGGAGAAACUGAAUCAGUCUACAGAUAACAUCAACAGAUGGGAGACAGAACUGGAGGAUUCCCGGCAGAAGUUUCGCGCUGUCCUAAUGGAGGCCACAGUCAAGCUGGAUGAGCAGGUCAAGAAGAUCGGUAAAGCCGUAGAAGACUCAAAACCGUACUGGGAGGCCAGGAGGGCGGCUCGCCAGGCUCAGGUAGAAGCUCAGAGAGCCACACAGGAGUAUCAGCGAGCCAUCGAGAUCCUCCGGGCGGCGAAGGAGACCAUCGCUCUGGCUGAGGAGCGUCUGUUAGAGGAGGACAGCAGGCAGUUUGACUCGGCCUGGCAGGAGAUGCUCAACCACGCCACCCAGAGGGUGAUGGAGGCGGAGCAAUGCAGGACCCGCAGUGAAAUUGAGCACAGAGAAACGGCGACCAAAUACAACGCCGCCAUCAGCCACAUGAGACAACUGGAGAAGAAGCUCAAACGCACCAUCAACAAGUCCAGGCCGUACUUUGAAUUAAAGGCGAAAUAUUAUCUGCAGCUCGAGCAACUGAAGAGACGGGUCGACGAGCGUCAGGCUAAACUGACCCAGGCCAAAGCCGAGUACAGGACGGCCCUUCGGAACCUGGAAACCAUCUCAGAUGAGAUCCACGCACGCCGCCGACUCUCUGCCAUGGGGCCCCGGGGCCGAGGGGUGGGGGCUGAAGAUGACGGGGCUGCUACCGACGACAUCGCCAACUUCAAAAUGGAGUCUGAUGGCAUAUCGAUGAUGUCUGUGAAUUUCGAGGAUAGCUGCAACGGCACAACAUCAGAAGACGAUCCCGAGACACAGUCCACCUGCAGCCUGAGCUCCACGUCUGCGCCUCUAGACCUGCCCUGUCCGUUCCCCUCCUCUUCCUCCCCGUAUCCCCUGCUCUCGUCCUCCUGCCCGUACCCUUCCUCUUCCUCUUCGCCCCCGCCGUCCCUCUCUGCCGGUCCUGACCUGCUCCAGCUGCCCGGCUCGGGGUCUCUGGAGGGCUUCGAGCAGGUGUCUCCGGUGUUGGGCCCUCGCAGUGAGUGCAGCGGGGCCUCGUCACCAGACUGUGAACAGGAAAGAGGUGAGAGAGCAGAGGGCGCAGAAGUUAAACCUGGAAGUACGAACAGCAUCAGCAGUCAGAAAAGCUCCCACCUGGAGAAGAGCCUGCGCAGUUUAUCUCUCCAAACUGCAGAUGACACAGACACUCGUUCUUUCACUGUGACUUCCAACACACCAGCAGUGCUGCUUCUCAACAGUGUUUAAACUCCUGCUCUAUAGGAACCCAAACCUUCAGCACAGGGGCCAAAGCAGGGGCCCGUAUCUGAGACUACAGUAUGACAUGUCAGAGGAGCCAUUGUGUGAAACUAUUAUCAUCUCAGUGUUACGGACAUCUCAUCUCAGACUGAUUUAAAACCAGAAAACCAUGAAAGUAUUAGAAUUGUCAUGCAGACAUCAACUAUGAAGUGACGGGAACUAUAUUGAACUUUUCAUCAUCACGGAGUGGAUGUUCUUCAUGUCUUCCUCAAAUGUUUGUGUUGUGAAUUUUUAUGGGUGUUGACACACCUACUAACUGUUGUAGCAUAAACAAUUGUAAGUGACUGGAUUAGUAUGCAUGGCACCACCUGAUUCUCCGGCGACUAAGUAAAUGAAGCUUACGAUUGAAAGCGGUUAAUGGGACGUCAGCCUUAGCAGAAGAUAUCUGCACUUGUUUUUCACUCUGUCGGCGUUGUGCGAUGAACAUUUCUAUUGUCUUAGAUUUACUCCACAGGUCGUAAUGUAAGAGGGACUCAUGUAGUUCAAAGCUAUAUAUUUAUACUCAGUGUUUAUCUCGUUAUCAUGAUGUUAUCAAUGUGUUUCCAUGGCACAAAGUCCUUAUUUGUGUAAUAAACAGAUGCUCACAGCACAA